GAGCUCAGGCUUGUGUUCUUGUGUUUUCGACAACUGACAGAGAGUCCUUCAAAGCAAUCCCUACCUGGAAGGAAAAGGUUGUGACCGAAGUUGGAGACAUUCCCACAGUUCUUGUGCAGAAUAAGAUUGAUCUUCUGGAUGACUCUUGCAUAAAGAACGAAGAGGCAGAAGCACUGGCAAAAAAGCUGAAAUUAAGGUUCUACCGAGCAUCUGUGAAGGAAGACCUAAAUGUAACUGAAGUUUUUAAGUAUUUGGCUGAUAAAUAUCUUCAAAGGCUCAAGCAACAAACAGCUGAAGAUCCAGAACUAGUGCACACAAGCAGUAACAAGAUUGGUGUUUUUAAUACAGCUGGCGGAAGUCACUCCAACCAAAACUCUAGCGCUCUGAAUGGUGGAGAUGUCAUCAACCUUAGACCAAACAAACAGAGGACCAAGAAAAACAGAAAUCUUUUUAGCAGCUGCAGCAUACCUUAGACUGCAUUUGGAGUCAGAAAAAAACCCCAGCAACCCAGUGAGUUGGAUGAAGUCGUGCAACUGAAUACAGAAUAAAGCCAGCUGUAGAGAGGUAUUUUUACCAGCGCUUUAGCAAAUCUCGUGCCUAUGGGAUGCUUGACCGAGGGUGGAUUUAUGUAAAACUUGCCGCUGCAGCGGGUUUUGGUGUGCGGGGUGAGACACCUGGUGGCAAAACACAGAACCGUGGCUGCCCCGUGCGCCUUGUAAAAAUUA